AUGGGACAAGGCGACGAGAACGAUCGUAUUGUGAUUAACGUGGGAGGUAUCAGACACCAGACCUACCGUAGCACCCUUCGUACAUUACCGGGCACCCGGUUAGCUUGGCUCGCCGAGCCCGAUGCCCACAGUCACUUUGACUACGAUCCCAAGAUUGAGGAAUUUUUCUUUGACCGGCACCCGGGGGUGUUUGCCCAUAUCCUCAAUUACUAUAGGACCGGGAAGUUGCACUGUCCUGCAGAUGUUUGCGGCCCGUUGUACGAGGAGGAGUUGGCAUUUUGGGGUAUAGAUGAGACUGACGUGGAACCAUGUUGUUGGAUGACUUAUCGGCAACAUCGAGAGGCCGAGGAGGCAUUGGAUAGUUUUGGGGGUGGCCCCCCCGAGAAUUCAGAGGAGGAUGGGGAUGAGGAAACGCUGGGAAUGAUCAAUAGGUUGGCUCUUGAUGGACCAGAUGCCAAAUCCGGGGGGCAUUGGCGACGUUGGCAGCGGUUGCUUUGGGCACUCUUCGAGGAUCCCUAUUCAUCUAAAUAUGCAAGGUGGAUAGCCUUCGCCUCCCUGUUCUUCAUCCUGGUUUCCAUCACCACCUUCUGCCUGGAGACACACGAGGCCUUCAACCCCAUCAUCAACCGGACGGAAAUUGACCCGCUGGACAACAGCACGCGGGUCUACCAGGAGACUGAGACCGUAGUUUUCCUCACCUAUAUUGAGGGGGUCUGUGUGCUGUGGUUUACAUUUGAGUUCAUAAUGCGAGUGACGUUCUGUCCGAGCAAGCUGGAGUUUUUCCGUAACACCCUCAACAUCAUCGACUUUAUUGCCAUCAUGCCCUUCUACCUGGAGGUGGGGCUGAGUGGGCUCUCUUCCAAGGCGGCUAAGGAUGUACUGGGUUUCCUACGCGUGGUACGCUUUGUCCGGAUCCUCCGGAUCUUUAAGCUGACUAGGCACUUUGUGGGACUGCGUGUCCUGGGUCAUACACUCCGAGCCAGCACCAAUGAGUUCCUGCUCCUCAUCAUCUUCCUCGCCCUGGGUGUGCUCAUCUUCGCCACUAUGAUCUACUAUGCUGAAAGGAUUGGUGCCAAGCCCAAUGACCCCCGAGCCAGCGAACACACUCACUUCAAGAACAUUCCUAUUGGAUUCUGGUGGGCGGUGGUGACCAUGACAACCCUUGGCUAUGGAGACAUGUACCCUCAGACAUGGUCUGGCAUGCUGGUGGGAGCGCUGUGUGCUCUGGCUGGUGUGCUGACUAUCGCCAUGCCAGUGCCUGUUAUUGUCAAUAACUUUGGGAUGUAUUACUCCCUGGCGAUGGCCAAGCAGAAGUUACCAAAGAAAAAGAACAAACAUAUCCCCCGCGCCCCACUUCUGGGCUCCCCCAAUUACUGUAAGUCGGAGGUAACCUCACCUCACCACAGCACGCAGGACGACACAUGGCCCCUGGCCCCACAAGAACCACCAGAAGAGAUCUUAGAAAUAAACAGAGCAGCUCCACAAGCUGUUUUUCAAGAUCCCAAAGUGAAUGGGGAAACGUCCAAGGAGUCAGCCAAGAGAUCAGCCAAGGAGUCAGCCAAGGAGUCAGCCAAGGAGUCAGCCAAGGAGGCAGAAAAAGCAGCACUGGCCAAUGAAGACUGUCCCCACAUAGACCAGAUCAUGUCACCUGACGACGGCCAGAUCUUAAGCCCUAUUGACCGGUCCGAGCAGCAGCCCUGCUUCCUGCUGGCCAUGGGCGGGCGGCCAGGCCACACGGCGGCCAGAGUCAGGAAGGGUACGU